AUGGCUUUGGUCAAUAGACACAUUUUGUUGGAGUACGAUGUACCUGGACCCCGUCUUUGGCACGAACGUCUUGUACUCAGCCACGUGGCGGGUGAAGUGUACAUCAUUGCGACACCAGACCGUGAUGUCUAUGCUGAGGAGUUGGGGGUUUUGAACCCCGAUGUACGAACUCUGAAAGUGAAGCCUGCUGCAGGUAUUUUACCACCGGAUGUCGUCGCCGGUGAGGUCUACGCUCUGCCUGCCUGGACUGCAAACGAUUUGCACAACCUCCGGGAGGAAGGUCGCAGAGUAGCUGAGGAGGAACGUCGUGCCACGGCUGGUGGCGCUGGUCCUUUAGCGGCAGCCGCCGCAGCGGCUGGAACCCUGAAGUGGCUGGCGGCUGAAUCCAACUCCAGCCACCAAUAUGGCCAAGAAGUUCAGGGGGUGCCCAAUCCCCUGGUGAAAGACAGCAAGAUUGCCCACAUUGGAGCCCAUGGUGUCAGUAUCUUUCUUCAGUGUGCUGAUGGUCAUGAUUAUUUCAAUUUUUUGCAGAGGCCAGCAAGGUGUGAUCCCAGGGUGUUGCCUGUUGAGUUGAACCCUAUUGGGCAUCCGGAAAGGACUUUGAAGGAGGUCGCAUCCAUGGGCGCUGAAAGCAAAGUGAGGUGGGAGUUGGCCGGUCCACGUACCAGCAAAUGGUGUGUGAACUAUUUGGCCAUCGAGAACCUUGGCUUCGAGGGGCACCAUGAGAGACUCCGACAAGUCACAAAGGCUGAUGCAAGUAGUUGGGGAAUUCAGGAGCACUUCCAGGUCAGCAUGGCCCUUCGCCAGGCCCUCCUUGUCGAUCAACUUGACCCCUACAACCUGUUGAGCAUUGAAAUACAAUUCAGGCGGCUCCAAACCAUCGAGUACUCUUACAGCGAGAAGGCAAAGGAUUUGGAGGCGAAGGCUGUGGGUGGACGGUUGAGUUUAGAAGAGCAGACCACUUUUGGAGGCAUUACACGACAGUACAGUACAUUGAUGAUUUGCCCCCAGUUGUUGGAUCACGUCAAGAUCGAGACCGAGAAGGAGGCCAACCUGGCCAAGAACUUGCGGAAGGUGCAGCAGAAGUCAGGCCUUGCAGCUGCUGCCAUACCUUCAGAGGCCGUGCAAGUUCGGGAGGCCCUUGAGGAGCUUCGGGUUGCUGAGGGGUACGAUGACUUGCCGACUUCGUGCCCCCUUGGAUCCUUCAAUCCUGACCUGGUCUCAUUGCCAUCUGAGGGCAUGAAUCCCGCGCCUUUGGAGUGUUUGUGGGGCGAGGGCGGGCAACAAGAGGUGGAGGAUUUCACCAUUCACCAGACGCUGGGCAUAGCAGAAGCUCGUGAGCGUCUAGACCAAUGCGGCCUUAGCAAGUGUUAUGAAGACCCGCAAUUCAGAGACCGAAGAAAGUACGCCAGCUUCUUGCACAGGCUAUUGGACCUGGGCCUCAUCACCCUUGAUUUGGAGCCGGCGGUUGAGACGGUGGGUAUUUUCUUUGUGAAGAAGAAAGGUGGCAAACUUAGGAUGAUCUUAGAUUGCAGGAUGAGCAACUGCCAUUUCAAUACACCUGAGAACAUCAAACUUGCCACCGGAGAGAGCAUGAGUCGCAUGGAGUUGAAAUCACAUGGACAAUUGUUCACAGCCAGUGCAGACCUUCAGAAAGUGCAAGUUGGAGAGCUAGGGGUUGCAGAGGUUGCUGGCAUGAAACUACAGCCCACCUCUUGGGUCUACCCCCGCAUUGCAGUGAUCCCCAUGGGUUGGUCUCAUGCUAUGUGGUGGUGCCAGAGGAUAAGUGAACGCAUUUGUGAAAGGUCCGGGCUGCUUCCGUCUGAGAGGCUGCGUGAUGGGCAGCCACCACCUCAGGGAACCUUCUUCCACGUCCAGUAUGUCGAUAACCUCCACAUUUUUGGAAACGACAAAGAGGAAGUGGAGACAAGGUUCUGGAAAGCAGUCGAGGCCCUACGGGCAGCUGGACUUACAGUACACGAGAUAGAAGUUGCUGAUGGCUCAAGCAAGGUCCUUGGUUGGGAGAUUGAGGACGGAGGCUACCUGGCGCCGUCCUUGAGUCGGCUUUGGAGAUGUCGCUUGGGCAUCCGUGAGUUGCUACGACGGGGCCGUGCCAGUGGCCAACAGCUGGAGCGAUUGAUAGGGCACAUGACCUUCGUCUCACUUUGUCGGCGUGAGUUGUGGGGCGAAAGCGCUGGCAAAGAGAAGAGACGAUGCCUGUGUACGAGGUACAGAGAGAUGUGGCAGAACUUUGUCCAGUGGAGCGCAGGCCAAGUGCGACAGACCAUGACGUGGACCCAGCUGGACAGACACCUGAGCAAUUACCUCGAGGAGCUUUACCUCGAGGGAGAAGACCUGAGCCGUGCAAACUAUGUGACUGCUGCCGUGAUUUUCCAUGUGCCUGGCGAGGCCUUCUCCCUCAGAGUCCAAGAUUUGGUCCUGCCGUUGAGACGAAGCGGCAAGGCCUUCAAAGAUCAUGCCAUUCUGCUCCAUCCGCUGGAAGUGGGGGUGCCAUCCAAAACAAAACAGUGGGACGAGAUGUUGACACUCGAUCUGCCCCACCUGAAGUUUUUGGGUCCCGCAUUGGAGCGUUGGAUGCAGGUACAUCACAGGAGCAAGGACGAGCCUUUGUUCCAGGCCACUCUUCAAGAGACAAACCAGUUCCUAGAGGACCAGUGGAAACCUCUGGGGUUGCAACCUUUGGGAGCUCCGCACAUGUACCGUCUCCGCCACGGUGGAGCAUCGUUCGAGGCGGCAAACCAGUUGAGAGAGAUCUCAGGCAUUCAAGCUCGGGGUCGCUGGCUGACGCAAAAGUCCAUGAAGAAUUACGAGAAAGGGGGGGCGCCUUCAACAGCUGUUCGGAAGCCUCAGCAAGCGCACUCAAAAAGAUGCACUUCAGGCCGCCAAAGACGUCGUCAGGCGGCUGUUGAAAAAGCAUUGAGCCCCAAGGCAUCGUUGAAA